AUGUCCUGCUAUGAUCUGUGCCGUCCCUGUGGCCCGACCCCUCUUGCCAACAGCUGCAACGAGCCCUGUGUGCGGCAGUGCCAGGACUCCCGGGUGGUGAUUGAACCAUCUCCUGUGGUGGUUACCCUGCCAGGCCCCAUCCUCAGCUCCUUCCCCCAGAACACCACCGUGGGAUCCACCACCUCUGCUGCUGUUGGCAGCAUCCUGAGUGCUGAGGGAGUGCCCAUCUCCUCUGGGGGCUUCGGCCUCUCUGGCUUUGGUGGCCGGUACUAUGGCAGAAGGUGCCUGCCCUGCUAA